CUCCGCCGACGCCAACGGGGAAGUAGUGCGGCCCCCUGUCCCGGCGGGCGGGGCGGGGGGGGUAGAGUCACGUGACAACGCCAGGCCACCGCCUUCCCUCUCAUUUGGUUACUGGCGUGAGGCCUCUUUGGAGACGUAAACACCUCCGAGUGGGGAGGGUGGGCGGGCUUGGGCUGGCUGUUUUAUCGUCUGGCUGGGCUUGGGAAAGGGCACGGUGGCUUUCUUGAGGUGUGGAAAGACGAGAAGAAGUUGUGCAGCUUUAGCUGGUGUCAUCGCCGUCUCUCCUCCGCUGCCGCCCCCGCAAGGCUUCGCCGUCGCCGAAGCCAUUUCCAGCGACUCGUCGCAGCCUUUUCUAUCUAUUUCGUUCCCCGCCAACCGCAACCAUUGACGCUAUGUCGGGUUAUUCGAGUGACCGAGACCGCGGCCGGGAUCGAGGGUUUGGUGCACCUCGAUUUGGAGGAAGUAGGGCGGGGCCCUUAUCUGGAAAGAAGUUUGGAAACCCUGGGGAGAAACUCGUUAAAAAGAAGUGGAAUCUUGAUGAGCUGCCCAAGUUUGAGAAGAAUUUUUAUCAAGAGCACCCUGAUUUGGCUAGGCGGACAGCACAAGAGGUGGAAACAUACAGAAGAAGCAAGGAAAUUACAGUUAGAGGUCACAACUGCCCGAAGCCAGUUCUAAAUUUUUAUGAAGCAAAUUUCCCUGCAAAUGUCAUGGAUGUUAUUGCAAGACAGAAUUUCACUGAACCCACUGCUAUUCAAGCUCAGGGAUGGCCAGUUGCUCUAAGUGGAUUGGAUAUGGUUGGAGUGGCACAGACUGGAUCUGGGAAAACAUUGUCUUAUUUGCUUCCUGCCAUUGUCCACAUCAAUCAUCAGCCAUUCCUAGAGAGAGGCGAUGGGCCCAUUUGUUUGGUGCUGGCACCAACUCGGGAACUGGCCCAACAGGUGCAGCAAGUAGCUGCUGAAUAUUGUAGAGCAUGUCGCUUGAAGUCUACUUGUAUCUACGGUGGUGCUCCCAAGGGACCACAGAUACGUGAUUUGGAGAGAGGUGUGGAAAUCUGUAUUGCAACACCUGGAAGACUGAUUGACUUUUUAGAGUGUGGGAAAACCAAUCUGAGAAGAACAACCUACCUUGUCCUUGAUGAAGCAGACAGAAUGCUUGAUAUGGGUUUUGAACCCCAAAUAAGGAAGAUUGUGGAUCAAAUAAGACCUGAUAGGCAAACUCUAAUGUGGAGUGCGACUUGGCCAAAAGAAGUAAGACAGCUUGCUGAAGAUUUCUUGAAAGACUAUAUCCAUAUAAACAUUGGUGCACUUGAACUGAGUGCAAACCACAACAUUCUUCAGAUUGUGGAUGUGUGUCAUGACGUAGAAAAGGAUGAAAAACUUAUUCGUCUAAUGGAAGAGAUCAUGAGUGAGAAGGAGAAUAAAACCAUUGUUUUUGUGGAAACUAAAAGAAGAUGUGAUGAGCUUACCAGAAAAAUGAGGAGAGAUGGGUGGCCUGCCAUGGGUAUCCAUGGUGACAAGAGUCAACAAGAGCGUGACUGGGUUCUAAAUGAAUUCAAACAUGGAAAAGCUCCUAUUCUGAUUGCUACAGAUGUGGCCUCCAGAGGGCUAGAUGUGGAAGAUGUGAAAUUUGUCAUCAAUUAUGACUACCCUAACUCCUCAGAGGAUUAUAUUCAUCGAAUUGGAAGAACUGCUCGCAGUACCAAAACAGGCACAGCAUACACUUUCUUUACACCUAAUAACAUAAAGCAAGUGAGCGACCUUAUCUCUGUGCUUCGUGAAGCUAAUCAGGCAAUUAAUCCCAAGUUGCUUCAGUUGGUCGAAGACAGAGGUUCAGGUCGUUCCAGGGGUAGAGGAGGCAUGAAGGAUGACCGUCGGGACAGAUACUCUGCGGGCAAAAGGGGUGGAUUUAAUACCUUUAGAGACAGGGAAAAUUAUGACAGAGGUUACUCUAGCCUUCUAAAAAGAGAUUUUGGGGCAAAAACUCAGAAUGGUGUUUACAGUGCUGCAAAUUACACUAAUGGGAGCUUUGGAAGUAAUUUUGUGUCUGCUGGUAUACAGACCAGUUUUAGGACUGGUAAUCCAACAGGGACUUACCAGAAUGGUUAUGAUAGCACUCAGCAAUACGGAAGUAAUGUUCCAAAUAUGCACAAUGGUAUGAACCAACAGGCAUAUGCGUAUCCUGCUACUGCAGCCGCACCUAUGAUUGGUUAUCCAAUGCCAACAGGAUAUUCUCAAUAAGACUUUAGAAGUAUAUGUAAAUGUCUGUUUUUCAUAAUUGCUCUUUAUAUUGUGUGUUAUCUGACAAGAUAGUUAUUUAAGAAACAUGGGAAUUGCAGAAAUGACUGCAGUGCAGCAGUAAUUAUGGUGCACUUUUUCGCUAUUUAAGUUGGAUAUUUCUCUACAUUCCUGAAACAAUUUUUAGGUUUUUUUUGUACUAGAAAAUGCAGGCAGUGUUUUCACAAAAGUAAAUGUACAGUGAUUUGAAAUACAAUAAAUGAAGGCAAUGCAUGGCCUUCCAAUAAAAAAUAUUUGAAGACUGAA